CUCAGCCUUUCUGCUUCUGCAAUUUCAAGUUUUUGUUUAUUUUCGAGCUGGUUUGCUAAAGACGCUAAUGUAGCUAACAAUAAACAACGACUAGCUAAUUUCAUGACACAAUCACAAAGUCGCACGAGAAUGCCAAGUGACGUAAAAAUGCUCGGAAAUGACCGGAAAUGACGGCUCGGAAGGCUGGCGUCCGAGGUUUCAGGAACACACCAUCACAAUACACUCCCCCAAGUGUCCGUCGCCCCUGUGUACACAACAAAGUAAAAUAUGUUAAUGAACAUGUCACCGUGCAACUCCACAAUGGAAGAUGAGCUUUCGUCCAUAAUGGACGCACUGGCGAAAGCUGCCGUAUCUGAAAUUACCAAGCUUUUCUCGGAAGGCUCGGCUACCCUUCGCUUACAAAUAACUCGGAGCCUGAAAGAAAACGAAGCGAUGAAGACGAGGAUGAAGGUGAUGAGGAGGGAGCUGUUUUCUUUGCGGCUUCAAACUAGAUCAAAUGCAUCGCGUGCGGCAAGUCGUUUGGCCCUGGCUCGUGCCAUCAUCUGCCGGCCACGGACUAAACCACUGGGGAAUGAAGACUGCGAGGACUUUGGAGACAACAGCACACAGCGUGGCGCCAUCUCUGAGAGUCUACAUGCCCCUGGCUCCUCCCACAUGUCCAGUCACAGCGAGGAGCUGCGGACCCUGGGCAUCCAUGGAGAAGGGGAGGGCUCACUGGCGGUGGACGGGCAUGACGCCCUCUUCACUGCGUCCGAAGUGGAGGCCCUGAGCCCGCUGUCUGCGGACCACAGCGUGACCAAGAGCCUGGAGCGUGGCGAGCGGUUGGUCUGCCGCGAGGAGCUGACUGUGCAGCAGCAGACCCCAGACACCAUUUUAAUCAAGGAGGAAGAGGAUAUUGGUGGAGCCAUGCCCGCUCUAGAAGACUGCGAUGACUUUGAAGACCGCAGCACAAAGCGCGGCGCCACCUCGGAUGUUCUGCAUGUGGACGCCCCUGGCUCCUCCCACAUGUCAAGUCACAGCGAGGAGCUGCGGAUCCUGAGCGUCGCUGGAAAAGGGGAGGCCCCACUGGCGGUGGACGGCCAUGACACCCUGUUCAGCGCAUCCGAUCUAGAGGCCCGAAACUCGCUCCCCGCGGACCACAGCGUGGCCAAGAGCCUGGAGCGCGGCGAGUGGCUCGUCCACCUUGAGGAGCUGACUGAGCAUCGGAGCGGCCGCAAGGGCCGGCCCUGUGUCUUGUUUGGCAAGGGUUUUCCCGACAAUACCAAGAAGACCAUCCCAAUGAUUACCCACACCGGCGAGAAGCCAUACGGGUGCUACCAAUGCACGAAGCGCUUCCAAAAGAAAGCCAAUCUGAAGGCCCACAUGAGGACUCACUCGGGGGAGAAGCCCUACAGCUGUGACCAAUGCAUGAGGCGCUUCGGACGGAGCUCCCACCUGAAGCGCCACAUGAGCACUCACUCCCUACAGGUGAAGCCCUACAGGUGUGACCAAUGCAUGAAGAGCUUCGGUACCAGCUCUCACCUGAAGGUCCACUUGAGGAUUCACUCCGGGGAGAAGCCCUACAGUUGUAACCAUUGCAUGAAGAGCUUCAUUGUAGGCUCUCAGCUGAAGAUCCACAUCAGGACUCACUCCGGGGAGAAGCCCUGCGUGUGUCUGCAGUGCAACGCCAGCUUCGGCGACCCUAGCCAUUUGGCUAGGCACAUGCUCAAGCACAGAGGCAAUGAGGUGCUUUGACACGGAGCAAGGGGACGCUUUGAUUGACACCUCUAUCUUGUAUCGGUUGAAAUGACUGCUGUAGUUUUUUUUUUUUUUUAACGCUUUCCAGCUUUUGAUUCGCUUUAUGCUUUCAUUGUUGUAAAUAAUUGAUGUAUGUGUGAUGAAGAAUAACUUGAUCAUGCGAAGCGCAUACACUCAGUAGGACAAUGAGUGACCAUGAUUCUUUCACAUCGUGGGUUAAUACAAAUUUUGACUGUAUAAAUAUAUGUGCUCCAUAGUCACCAUAAGUAUUUAGCCAAUGGGAUGUCCCUGAAUGAGCAUGUGACAUAGAGGCGAGUUCACCAAGCUGCCGAAAGAGCUGUGAACCUAUGCAGUCCAGACAGCUGCUAUAGUGAGGAACGGACUGCACAAAGCAGACCCUUACUUACGGCUGAAAGGGAAACAACCUUGACCAGGAUGCAAUAGUUUGGUGCUAUGAGUGCUAUGCUCACAAACAGGACAAGAAAAUUAGACUCAAGGUGUGAAAAGUGAUUUUUUUUGUCUGCUAUGACAAGAACAGUUCAGCCUAUAUGGUUUGAAAAGUGCAGAAGCAUAGACUGGUGAAGUUUGUCAAACACAAAGCGGCAGACACAGCGACUGACAUGGCAGCUGUCAAUAAUGAUUCUGAGCUGCAGAAUAGAACUUACUAUACCAGGAAAAAUACUGAUGUGAGUCGAGCCCAUACACAGGACAACGUGCCAGUUACUAUGCCUGAAGUACACAGCCAGACACAGACACUUGAGCACAAGCGUUACCCUUCAAGAGAGAGGAAGAAACCAGAUUACUUGAGUGAAUAUGUGUCUGGCGAUAAUGAGAGUGAUGAUCAAGUACUCACUAACAGAUUAUUGCUACAGAGUAGUGACUAACAUCCACUUACAUUCAGAGAAGCUGUAACCUCACAUCACUCAAAAUAAUGGGUUAAUGCGAUGGAUGAGGAGAUACAAUCAUUAAAAGAAAAUGAAACAUUUACCCUAACACACUUGCCAGAGGACAAGAAAGGAGUGGAGGGUAGAUGGGUUUAUCCUAUUAAAAUCAAUCCAGAUGAAUCGGAAAAAUGCAAGGCACGCUAUGUAGCCAAAAGAUACAGUCAGAGGGUUGGUGUGGAUUAUGAGACUUUCUCCUACUGCUAACCUGACUAGUAUCAGAGUCUUGAUGCACAAUGCAAGAAAACUUCAUCUUACGUCAGAUGGAUGUCAAGACAGCCUACCUACAUGCACCAAUAUAUUUUGACAUUAAUAUGGAACAGCCGGAAGGUUAUGAGGUGAAAUCUGGCACAGAUACAAAGUUGGUAUGCAGGCUGAAGAAGUCGCUGUAUGGACUAAAACAAUCAGGCGGAAAUUGGAACAAGGUACUGCACGAGUAUUUCAGUGAAAACAACUUUGUGCAAAAUCCAAACACAAAUGGCAGACGCAGUACCACAGGGUGUUGUGUAAGCUUAACUGAAAAUGGACCUUUGAUCUCAUGGAAAACCAAAAUGCAGCCCACUGUGAGGUGGAGUACAUGGCGUUAGCGUCUACUACGGAAGAGGUUUGGUGCCUAGUUCAGCUGUUAGAGGGCAUCGACAGACAUCAAUACCCAGAGCCUAAUGUUUAUUAGGAUAACCAAGGUACAAAAGCGCUAGCAACAAAUCCUGUGAACAGACAGAGGAGUAAGCAUGUUGACAUCAAAUAUUGUUUUGUGAGGUCAACUGUGGGCGAUGGUAAGAUAAGUUUGAACUUUUGCCACAACAAGACAGAUUAGAUGGUAGCAAAUGUGAUGACAAAACCUGCAGCACAGUUUAAGUUGAUUAAGUUUACAAAGCUCAUGUUUGGAAACUAUGUAUUUCAAUUAAUGCGCCUGAUGAAGGUAGAAAACUAUGUUUUUUUGUUGUUUAAGUAUGUAGGCUACCAAUGUGAGAGCAAGUGGGGGUGUUGACAUGUAUGAUCUGUUGCUACACGUGAACCUCCUAAGAUGGCGCAAUUUGAUUGGUUCGCUAUGUCAAGAUAUUGGGCAAUAUCCCAUGAUUGAGAUCUUAAAUUCGGGAUAUUGUUUUCAUCGCAUGAUAUUAGAUCUUGUUUAUUUUUGGAGUGUUCGCGUGUAGUAUACACUAAAACAAUUAUUCACCUCAGGCUCCUUGAAUAGUGGGGAAGAAUAGCCCACUAUUACCCACUAUUCACUUCGCCUUCGGUGAAUAAUUGUUAAAUAUAUGGCCUCCAUUGACACCAUAAGUAUUGUGUAUUCAGCGGCAGCCAAUGAAAUGUCCCUGAAUGAGCAUGUGACCUAGAGGCAAGUUCAACUACACACACGUGUUUAAUAAACUACUCAGUGCCAGUAAAAACAGCACUGAUGCCCCAUCUGUGUGUUAUUUCCUCUGUAUAUUAUUUAAGCCUAGCACUGGGUAUGCAAGCCAGGACCGUGGAGCCAACCACCUCUGCUAACAACAAAGGAAACAAAGAUUUCCGGGUGUCAUCGGGUGCAUCGAUGGAACUCAUAUUCCUAUUAAAGCUUCUUCACUGAAUGAAGGAGACUAUGUCAAUAGGAAGUCCUUCCACAGCAUCAAUGUGCAGGUUGUAUGUGAUGCCAGAAAUAUCAUCACCCAAGUGGAGGCAAAGUGGCCGGGGUCUGUGCAUGACGCACGCAUAUUUCGGGAGUCUAAUCUGAACACUCGCUUUGCCCGUGGAGAGUUCGACGGUCAUGUUUUAGGUGACAGGGUACCCCUGCCAGCCUUGCCUUCUGACCCCGUAUGCCGAUCCCGUGCCAGGACCACAGCAGCGCUACAACUUGGCGCAUACGAGGACGAGAGCCAGGGUCGAAAACACGUUCUGGAUCCUGAAGGCAAGAUUCCAGUGCCUCCAAAUGCUGCGAGUCACACCAGAAAGGGCAUGUGACAUAAUUGCAUGUGUGGUUCUACACAACAUCGGUUUUGAGAGGGGAAAAUUGCCCACCUGCAAUUGCAGAUGAGCAGCACAUCAACCCAAACCAUGCCAUGGAUCCACAGGACGGAAGGGUGGUUAGAGAAAGACUCUGCCAAAAUCAUUUUGUUUGAGUUUUCUAUGUAGUUAAAUGCAUUUUAUGAUUUCCGAAAUGUUUUCUUUGGCAUUCUUUCGCCUUCCUGUAUGAUAGUAAACUCGUGUGACAGACCCAGCCUCUGCUAGGGGGUGACACUAUUCCAACAAAAUAACUUGUCCCACCACAGCCCGUGUUCUAAUAAAGACAAUCUACUUUU